GCUCGGCUCUAAAGCAAGGCGGCAUGCAAAUCGUCAAGCGUGAAGUGGUGACCGUAGAGUGCCAGUUCGAUGCUGCUGAGCAAGAAUGCUACGACCGCUUGCAGAACCGCGCAGAUACGCGCUUGAAGGAAAUGAUGAACAGUAAAGGCGGUGCAGACUACAUUGGUGCGCUCGUACUGCUCUUGCGACUGCGGCAAGCCUGCGAUCACUUUCUACUCAUUGAGCGAUCCCCUAGCAAGGACGAGGAGACUGCCAAGGCGCAGAAGCAAAGCCGGGCAAUUAUGGAGAAGCACAAUAACGUUCGUGACGAUAUGGAUGAUCUCACUAGGCUAAUGGAAGGCGUGAGCGUAAGGACUCAGCAUUGCGACGUUUGCCAGAUCAAGCUUUCUGCGCAGGAAGCGCGCGACGGCGCAGUUCGAUGCGCGGAAUGCGAGGCGGACCUUGCGAUGAUGAAGCAGGGUCGUAAGAAUACACGAACUGCGAAUAUGCAGAAGCAACCGGCGGUGAGGCGUAAGCGGCACCAGCUGCCCGCCGAUAGCGACGAUGAGGAGGGCGAGUGGAUCGCAGAUGGGCCGGAGCGGGCUAUCAACCUUGGUAAGGCAGGCGGAACGGACGACGAAGACGCUGAAGGAGGAGGUGACACCCUUGGCUCGAUCGACUCUCAAAGGAGUAUGGACGACGAGGAAGAUGACGAGGACUCGCCACCAAGAGCGCACCGUCGGAGACCACCAAUCAAGUCAGAAUUUGCGAAGAGCGAUGAGUUCUCCGACUCGGACGGCACUGACGACUCCGACUCCGCCUCGAAUGCCGAAGAAAACAGUGCUUACGCCUACGGGGCGCUGAGUGAGGAGGACGCGUUCACGCCCAGGCCCUCCACGAAGAUUCGGCAACUUCUGCGUAUCCUGCAUGCUGAACAGUCGAAACACAAGACCAUCGUGUUUAGCCAGUUCACCACAAUGCUCGACCUCAUUCAGCCGCACCUGAAGACCUCAGGUAUACGAUGCGUGCGUUACGAUGGCAGCAUGCGAAACGACGCUCGCGAAGCCGCUCUCCACAGCCUGCGCAACGAUCCCAAAACUCGCGUGCUACUCUGUUCACUCAAAUGCGGCAGUCUCGGCCUCAACCUAACCGCUGCAAGUCGCGUGGUCAUAGUGGAGCCGUUUUGGAAUCCUUUCGUCGAAGAGCAAGCCAUCGACCGUGUGCAUCGUCUCAACCAAACCGUCGAUGUCAAGGUUUACCGUCUCACGAUCACCAACAGCGUCGAAGAGCGCAUCCUCGCCCUCCAAGAGCGCAAACGCGAGCUUGCCAAGGCUGCCAUUGAAGGCACCGGCACUAGCGUAAACAAUCUGAACAUGCAAGAGAUCCUAGGCUUGUUCAAGCACGAUGCUGCUGUGUCGGGAGCUGAACAUGACGCUGAGGAUCGCGAGAUGUGGCGGAAGUUUGGCGGAGACCAACGGCUGUUCGGGAAUGAUUCUGAUGGCUUGACUGUUGCUAGAAACGACGUCGGUACUGCGGGCAGUCAGAAGAGCCCCGUGUUGAAGGCAGGUCGAGUCAGGAAUCUGCAGGAGCACGAUGUUUUCGGAAGGCGAUGGUAAGGCAUUGGUUUGAAAGCAAUAGGAGAGUGAAAAGGGAUGGUGAGCCGGAUGUAGUCGGCUCUUUUAUGCCGCCCAACUUGUUGAAAGCUUCCACCGUGCGCCACUUGCUAUGCUUACGACUGUACAGUCGAACGAGCUCAGUCAA